GGUCCUCCGACCUCCUACCUCAACUUUUGUGAAGAGGAUUACGUCAUUUCGCGAUAUGUCGGAGAAUUCGUCAACACGUUCAGCAGCCUCACAUUUGGUACGUCGAGUCCUCUUGGCCCCUUGGCUGGAGAAAUUAUCUUUCUGACGGUUGGUGUAGUCAUCUAUGGUAUCUAUGGGUUGGCAACGUCGUCGACGUUCCCCAGCGGACCGCGACUGGUGUCGUAUCUUGGUCUCAUGGGAGUGGGGAUAUGCUCUGGCGGCUACCACAUGACGCUCAAGUACCAUACACAAAUGGCCGACGAGUUGUCUAUGCAUCUGCUCACGACACCGCUCAUAUACCGCCUACUUACCUACAAGGCCACGCCUGAGCGCACGAAGGCUGUUGGCAUCAUCUUGUCCAUUCUCUUCACCAUCGUCAUGGUGACCCACAUGGUCAUGGACGAGUUCAUUCUCCAUGCUACGGCCUUUGGCUUGAGUGUGUACAUUAUCGCGUCGCGCGGGCUCAGACUCUCUAAGCAAGUCCCUGAUCCCUAUUCAAGGGCGCUGGUCAGGAACGCAUCCAUCUUUGGUUGCCUGUCCUUUGCAACAGGCUACGUGCUGUGGCUCAUUGACGAAUUUGCCUGCCAGUACCUGAUCCAAGCGAGACGUACGAUUGGCCUCCCCUUUGCCUUCCUCCUGGAGUUUCAUGGAUGGUGGCAUGUUCUCACCGCCAUCGGUGGCUACGCGGCCGUGGAGAUUGUCAACAUUCUCAUGGCGGAGAAUGCCUCGACAGAUUCCAUAGAUGCUUUGGCGUGGCCUGUGCCUCAGAUGACGAGGCUGAUGACUGAUCGCAGAGCGAGCGUCGGAAAAGCAGCGUAGGCAGUACAAGUAGAACAAACGGCAAGUUUCAAGACAGGGGGACAGGGUACAAAAUCAGGCAGAAGAUUGGACCCGAAAGCAUGCGGCGUUCGAAGAAUUUAGGGUCUGUGGCUUAGAAUUAGACAUUGGUUAGAACAUGGUGAGGACCAUUCUUCGAGAUUAGAACAUCAACUGAAUAUACAACUGUGGGAGAAUAUCUUUUAAGAUUCGAAAG